AUGGCGACUGGCGCCAUCGAGGCGUUGCUCAACGGCACCGGCACCCCAACUUCACUCUCCUCUGCCAUCGUUGCGCUCGCCGCCGAGCACUCCAAGACGAUCGAGCUCGCGCAUACCCUCUUCACCCUCAUCACCUCCACCCUCUCCGCGGAUGCGAUUGUUGCCGUCCUCAAGGAGACGCUCGAAAGCUUAGGUGGUGACGAGGAGAGGUUAGAGGCCCUCGCUACUGCCAUCCUCGAGACGGUCGAUGCGAUCAAGGUAGUCGGCGACGACGUCGAGGACCUCGUCAAGAAUGAUGCGGGCUGCGUCAACACCGAGAGCGCCGAGAAAGCGUCGACUGUCGUCAACAGCCUUGUCCAAAAUGGCGCGCUCCCUCAACACCUCGCCAACCUCAUCCUCGCCCCAGCCAAUCUCGUUCCCCUCCGCCUCCAUCCCACGCCGCGCAAUGUCGACAUGUUCCGCCGCGGCCUGGCGCGGUUAAACACGAGCGUACACUACAAGCAGCACACUAGCAACUUACUGCGCGAGAACAGCGAGGGCUGGUCCCGCCUCAUUGUGCUCCUCACCGGCCCAGUCGCACUUUACGAUGAGCCAGAGAGCGACGAGGAGCGCGUGUUGCGCGCCAAGCGAGUUUGGACGAGUGUGCGCGAGCUUGUAGGAUUCUUUUCCCUCGCCCCGGUCCGCGUGUACGACCUUAUCCUCGAGGUCGCUUCGUGUCAUGUCGAGAAGCACUGGCGCUUCUUACUCGACCUUCUCCGCCAAGCAGGCCUCGGGCCAGAAGAAUCACCUGCACCGCGCCUGGACGAGGAUACCGCUGCGCAGGUCCAACGCAUCGCGCACGUGCUGGACGUAAAUCCCGACGACGACACGAUGAUCGCACGUGUGCUUGCGUUCCGUUUCCGCUGGUACCGGAGGAAGAAGAUCGGUGGAGUCCCCGUUUCGUACAUGUUCCUCACGGCGCUUCUCAUCAAGUACGGUUUCGCUAAGCCUGGUCACCUCCUCCCAGCCUUGAGCCCGAACGACGAGCAGAUGGACAAGAUCAAUAAGCGCUUCGGGGACGCCAUGCGCUCAAAGUCGAACGCCAGGAACGCGCUCACCGACACAGUGCUCGUCGACGACACUCUGCCAGAUGCUGGCGCUGCGACCCCAGGUGCUCCGGUCGAGGACCAGGAGAAGACCGAUGAGACUGAGCAGAAGAUCGAGCUCCUGCAGGCGCUCCUUGCCAUUGGCGAGUCCACUUUCUCUAUUUACCUGCUCGCGUUGUACCCAUGGGUCAUCAGCGCCUAUCCCGCCAUCGCCGACGUCAUUAUCCGCAACCUCAGGCUUUCGAUCGGCGACUUGUAUACCCGCACGGUGGUGCUGUCCGGCGUUGGCGACAAUGUUGAUCUCGUCUCGCACAACCCAGAUGUUGUCCUCACAACGCUUUGCCCAACCCCACCAUCAACCCUGUCUACCGAGUGGCUCUUUUUCUACGACAAGUGGAUGGACGGUAUCGAGGUCUGGACAGAGGUUGAGCACGUCUACACCAAAGGCGAGCGGUGGUUCGCGCUCCUCAGGGGCUUGGGUGGGCGCGACAGCGAGCUCAUGGUCUGUGUCUGCCGCAUCAUUUCCACCCAGUUCCGUCAACUGCGCCUCGCCAAGAUUCAGGAGAAGGGCUUUGAUAUCACGCACCGCACCCACGACCAGAGGGCUCAACUGUUCAUCACAGCUAAAGAGCUCUCUCCGUGGCGCGGUCUCAUUCGCAACACGAUUCUGCCCGCUCUCAACAUCUCUGAAUUCGCCAGCGCGCCGUUUGCUUUGGAGGUGCACGAGAUCUUCGCUCAUUUCGACUGGCCGACGACCACUAACCUCUUCGGGGAGUGGCGCGACUCGACCACCAACACCCGCGAGCGAAACGCCCUGCUGCCGGCAGCUCACGCCGCCAACCAGGCUGCCCGUGACGUCAAGAUGGAGCUGCAGCGCGUCACUGCCAGUAGCUCUGCUCCUGGCCAGUCGACGGUCGGCGCCACCGCCGACCGCGGACCGGCUCGCGCCCUCGCCAAGCACGGCCACGGCAAUCCAUUCGCGCUGUGGACUCGUGGCAACGGUCAGGUCAUGUCGUACGGUAUUGUCGGCAACAUUGGCGAGUUCUUCAUGGAGGUCGCGCGUUAUUCUGGCCCCUUGAGCAAGGAAGUCGCGGUCUUCACCUGGGUCGACAUGCUCGCGUCCAUCAAGGAGAACGCUGGGGAUAGCAACGAGUCGAGGUUUCUCAAGGCCCGCAACAUCGAGAACCUGUCGACCUUUGUUGGUAUCAUCAACCGCCAGUUCAACUUCCCUCUUGAGCCCAUCUUGAACCUCAUUGCGAGCGGCAUCAAGAAUCACGAGUGGUUCGUCCUCCCCCUGGUCGAGAAAUUCCUCACAGGAAUGACUGGCGAGGAUAUUGUCGAGAACCAUGCCAUCUCCACUGCGCAGCUCAAGAACUACGCCACCGGUCCCGAGAUGACCCGCGAGUCGUUCUACGUGUCGGAGAACACAUGCAGCGAGGACCGCAAGCCUGUCCGUUCCAAAGACCUCAUCCAGUUCUCCAAGAAGAGUUCGACCCGCCUUGUAAAGGCUCUCGCGGACACACGCUUGGCCGUGCCCAUCCUUGUCGGUCUCGGCCGUCUUGCUACAGAGACGCUUCUCUACGAGCCCGGUCGCCCGAUCAAGGCGAUGAGCGACCAGAAGGAUGCGACGCGUGAUGUGUUCUCGCUCUGGUGCGGCUUCGUCGCCGACAAGCUUGCAGACCUUGGCUGCGCAGACCAGAUCCCAAGCCUCAGGGAAUUGCAGGGUGACGGCAACAUCGACGAGCAGAUGUGCUGGGCCAUUCUCCGGCCCAAGCUCCGCGCAGCUCUAGCCAAAGAGCGGCUCGAGAAUGGCCACGCAAACGGUAUCGACAUGGUCGUGGACGACCCGAACGGUGGAUGGUGGCCCGCGGCCCUCAAUGAAACGGUGCAGCACGCUGCCUCGUUUCUCGACCCAGGCGCUCGGAUCCGGCUUGGCCCUGGCUUCCUCGUGCGUUUCAACUCUAUGCGCAUCUCGGACAUUGCCUUCAACGAGGAGGCGUACACGGGGGCACUCAGCAACAUCGCAAAGGUCAUCCGGCAGCUGGAAUCCCUUGUUGCGACCGGCAAGAACACGAAGAACUCGCAGCAAGAGUUGGACCGCCUCAAGCGCCGCAACGCUGACCUCGAGGCCGAGAAAGCGAGCCAGAAGCUGCAGGUUGAACGCAUUCGGACUGUCCUCAAGGACGAGAGCCAGCACUGGUUCGCGAAGUGCAUCGAAAUGGGGCAAGACGGCGCUUUACCCAACCUCCUCCAUGACUAUUGCUUCUAUCUCCGUGCGACGCAGACGCCGGCCGACGCCAUCUUUGUUGCACGCUUUAUCCGCCUGCUACAUGAUCUUGAUACACCCGGCUUCUCCACUAUCCAUGGCUACAACUUGUUCUUCAAGGACAGCAUGGCGUCGAAGCUUUACGAGAGUACAGAGUCGGAGGCGCGCAAUCUGGGCCGCGCACUCUUACUCAUGCUUGAGGACCUCCAUCCGUGGCACCAGAGUCAGGACAAGUACAAGACCGAGGCCCUCGGCAUGACACAAAACGCCGAGGGUGCGGCUGUGUACUCGAAGCAUGGCAUGUUCUACCGGGUCAAGCCCGGUCAGCCGAAGCGCCCAAUGAUCUACGACGGCUUCCGGGACCAGUUCGCCAAGAUGCACGCGGGGCUCACCAACGCCCUUCUCACGUGUUGGUCGUCGGACGACAUGUUCUACGCCCCAAAGAACGCCCUCCAGAUCGCCCUGCAGGUCCUUCCCUUCUUCCCGAUGAUCGAAGAACACGCAGUCAAGAUUGAGAAGGCCGUCAACGGCCUGUUGCAGAAGACGGAUGGGUCGAUUACUCCCGACAUGAAGCCUGCGCUCAACUCGUACAAGUCGCAGCUGGCGAGGAGGAGGAAGGAGCGACCUUGUAUCACGGAGGCCGACUUCUCACCCGCUGGCAAGAGGAAGAAGGAGGUGCAGGCCAAGGCGGCUGCCGAAGCCCGCGCCAAGGCUGAAGAAGAGGAGCGCAUCAAGAAGGAGGAGGCGCAGGCCAAGGCGGGAGAGGAGUCCCCGUCGAAAGCUGAGCGCGACGCCGCCGACGCCAAGAUGGAGGUGGACCCGUCUGCCGACGCGAAGCCUGAGACGAAGGCCGCAGUGACACCCCUGACAUCGACGCCGUCCUCAGGCUCCGACGCCAAGGCCCUCCGCGCAAAGCUCGAGCUAGCACGCGAAGCGAAGAAGGCGGCGGCUGCCAGCGCCGGCGCUGAGGCCUCGACGUCGCCUCAACCUCAGUCCCAGGCUGGCCCGUCUGCUCCUACCGACCGGACCAUGGCUCCGCCACCAGAGCCGUCGAUCGAGGACGCGCGCGCCGCAGCCCGUGCCCGCAGAUUCGGUGCCUUGGCACCCAGCGCCAGCUCGGCACCUGGAACACCUCGCAAUGAGAGCCGCGCGUCCACACCGCGUGCCACUACACCGCCGGGCCGCACUCGUGCUGGUACCGACGACAGCCGCGUUUCGGAGCGGUCGCGCCGUCAGGAGGACCGCGACAGGAGGGAUAGGGAUAGGGGCCGGGAUGGAUCCAACCGCGACCGCCGGGAUCGUGGUGGCCGUGAGCGUGAGGGGAGGCGUGAGGAGAGGGAAGACCGUACCCCGCGCGACGGACAUGAGCCUCGCGACAGGGACCGCCGCCUAGAGCCGCGCGACGAGCCCAUGCGCGACUCGCGCGGGAGGGAAGAGCGAUACCGCGAGGAGCACCGGCCGGACGAGCGGCCGCGUGCCCGCUCGAGGGACGAGGGGCACCGCGACGGGAGGGAUAAGGACAGUCGAGACGGGCGCGAUGGACGCGAGCGCGACCGCCGACGCGACGAGAGGCCCUCUGAGAACGCUGGCCCGGCUCCAAUCGAGGAAACCCGUGCUGAGGGGCCCCGCGAAUCACGCGACGCACGUUCGCCCCAUCGUCCCGUCUCGCGCAACGAGGAUCGGCCUCCUCAGCGCCCGACCUCUCGCAAUGAAGACCGCCCUAUGCCUCGCAAUGAGAGACGGCCUGACGACCGGGACCUCCGUGGCGGGCGAGACCGACGUGACGCACGUGACACGCAGCCCGGCCCGAACCAACUCUCGCCUCUUCCCCGUGAUGUACCGCCUCACCGGGACGACCGGCGUGGCGGCAUGCGCAGCCCGCAGCGCUUCGACGAGCGCCGCGAGCGCCGUGACGACCGGAGGCCUGAGAGGGAUGAGCGGAGGGGCGACGACCGGCGCCGGAGGGACGAGCCUCGUCGUGACGAACCUCCUCGCCGUGACGAACACCCUCAGCCUCGUGAGAGGGAUGGAGACCGGACACCGCACGGAGGCCGCGACACGCCUAAGGAGUCAAGGGAGCCGCCGACUGGGCCAUCAGGCAGCCGCUCGCCACGGAAGGACGACCGCUCCGUCGGCAACCGUUCGCCUAGGAAGGACGAUGCACCACGCUCCGGCUUGCUUUCGCACGACGCCCACCCGCGUCCUGAGCGUUUUGCUCCGCCCGCCCGUGCGUCUCCGUCACGUCAGCUUGAGCCCGCGCAACCUGCUGGCCAGCCACAGCCGCCUGCUCGUGGGCGUCGCGACCCACCAACCGGGCCCUCUGGAUUGCCAAGCCGGCCGCGCGAUAUGCCGGAGAGGGGGAGGCGGCCUGAUGCGCCGUCCGCGGAACUGAACCGCUCGCCAACCAGGCCUGAUGCGCCUCUGCCAGCUCCGCCCGCUCGGGAACCUCCUGCGCCUCGCCAGCCCCAGCCAGGCCGUGAUCCUCUUCCGCCCCGUCCUCGCGAACCGAGACGUAACCUUUCGGACCGUGGUCACGAUCAGGGUGGGCGCGGGCAGAGAGAACUGAUACCGCCCACAGCAGCUGGCGGGUCGCUGAUGGCUCGCAUGGGUUUAACGUCUGCGCCGGUGCCCAAGCCGGAGAAGGAUAGCCGCAAGCGGCCUUUAGAUACGGAAGGCGCCCCGAGCUCACGCGAGGGCUCUCCGGGAGGCAAGCGGAGAGCGCGUGGCAGCCGUGACCGCCAAGGAGGCGGUAACCGGCUGUUCAGUGGCGCGAUGCAGGCGGCGAGACGACCACGCGCGUCGACGCGCCACGGGAAUAUGUCCUUCUUCCAAUCCCUCUCGUCCAUGUUUGGGCGCGCGCCGCCGCGCCCUGCAUCGCAGGACUCGUUCCAGCUCCCCACGACCCAGUACACACAGGGCUUGAAUCCCUCAGGCGCUGGCCCCGACUCGACGCCGGGGCCAAGCCGGCGCACGAGCUUUCAGCCGCAGGCCGGCCAGUAUCCACAAAAGUCGGCACAGCAACACCCGCCUUUGUCCCACACCUUUCACCGCUUGCGCAAUGCUCUCGUUGAUGACUUCCCCGAACUUAUCGACUCACUCAACGGUCCAGUAUCCCAAGCGGUCAUUGCCGGCAUCGAGCAGGAGCUCGGAGGGCCGCUCCCCCAAGCUGUGCGCGAGUACUUCCUUGUUACGGACGGGCAGGACCUCGAAGUGAACGGCGUCGGCCUCUUCUACGGGCUUUAUCUUCUUCCUCUCGACGAGGUCAUGAGAGAAUGGCACUUCUGGCGCCAGGCUGAGGCCGACCCAUCUACCGGCAGCAACCCGGCCAUCCUCGCGACCAUGGCGUCCAUACCUCCGCAGUGGGUCAAGAGCCUCUACGCGUGCAAGGGUUGGCUUCCUUUGCUGUCGGACAGGUCGGGCAACUACGUUGGCGUCGACCUCGACCCUGGGCCACAGGGCCAGUGGGGCCAGGCGAUCAUUUUUGGCCGCGACUUUGACCGCAAGUGCGUCUUGUGGCGCGGCGAGGGCGAGUCCGGGUGGGCCAAGUGGGUCUCCAGCAUUGUCGAGGAGUUUGAGAGCCACGAGGGCUGGGAGGUCGACAAGACGUCGGACGACGAGGAGGAGAUCGGCUACAGCUCAUACUCUGGCGCCAACAUGUACGGCGACCGCGGCCACAGUAUGCGUCUCGCCGGCGAGUACAAGGGUUGGAACGUGCUCGAGGCGUGGUGGGACAAGAGUGUGCGCAAGUGGGAGGGCUUGGGCCUUGGUAUGGACGUCACCGAAAUUGAGCGCGGCCUCGCAGAGGCUCGGCGCCUUCAAGACGAGUCAUCAAAGGGCAAGGGCAAGGAGUCGGCACGCAACAGCGUCGAGGUUGCUGGUAUCCGUGCCAACCAGCGGACGGCCGAUGACGAGAUUCCUAUGCUCACAGAGGUCGCUGCGUCGCCCGAACAUUCGCCGGCUAUCCCGCAAGAGGGUGAUGACAGCCAGACUCUCCUCCCACAUGCUUCCCGCGAAGUUUCUGCCAUCCCUCGCAUACUUCAUCCUAAGGGCACGCCUUCACGGAUGAAGACGACUAACCACCCGCUGGAGUCGCCGACACCAGGGUCGCCGACACCCAGCGGCACAUCCAACCAGGGCACCGACUACCUUGUGCCGCCAUCCCACCGCUCGUCUUCGAACCGCCAGCAGCAGCGCCGGUCGCGUCCUCCACCUCCCGCAGCGGUCCUAGACCUGCCGACCCGAGCCGACGUGCAGGCCGCGCAGGCCGUGGCCAACGCCGAGGCGCGCGGUAUGCGCGGUGGAUGGGUCAUGAGCCUGGACGCGAGCAGCGGCGUGACAAACCGACGAAAGACACACAACAUUUCGCCCUCUCUCGACGCCGAGAUGGUCGACAUUGACCUCGAGGGUGGGCGAAUGGAGGGAUUUGGCACGCCGCCCAUGAGCGCGAUCGAGGAGGAGAAACAGUCGCAUGAGGACAAACUGAGCAUGGCUCCCAUAGAGCAGCGCCGCGACACGCGCUCGCCCUCGCUCCUUGGCAUGUCGCGCACGCCGUCUCCAUUUGCGCCACAAUCGACUCCUCCGCAGACGCGACCGCCGUCACGUCCAGGCUCGAACGCGAACUCUCCACCCCAGCCGCAACGCCAAGGCUCGGGCUCACAGCGGUUGCCGUCGUCGUCGUCGUCGUCCGAGGCCCAUGGCCGUGGGCCGGCACUCGUGUCGCCCAUUGCGACGCCCCCUCUUCGCACGCCUUCUCCGUCGGGACUCCCGCCCGACCUGGCAGCCGUGGCCGAGGCGGCAAUCCGCCGUCCCGAGCCCGUGGUGGGUUACAGGUCAGUUUCGCCCGUUCCCGACGGCGAUUGGCUUGAGCACGAGGUGAUCAGAGGCGUCAGCGACCGGCGGCGCUCAUCGACGACUCCGAUUCCAAGUGGUGUCGCGACCCCGAGUAGAGGAGACAGCACGAUGUCGGUGGACAGCGAGGGUGCUCUGUUGGGUGACAAGGCAGAGAGCCAGAAUCGGGGGUCGACCAUGUCUCAUCCACCGAAUGGGCACGCAGCGACACCGACGACGACGACGUUCCCGAAGCGCAAGUCGGACAUUGCCGAGGUCCUCGAGGAAGUCAGCCUCGGAUAG